AUGGACGCAGUCCUAUUGGACAUCACGGCCAUGUCGUUCGCCAUGCGCGACCGCGUGUACACCAUGGCGCAGUCGCUGGUCCACGAGAAGAGGAAGAUGAUAGUCAUCGCCGGCGCGGGGAGGUUCCAGGGGUGGAGGCAGAUGAUAGUCAGUGGGUGGUCCUACAUCGCGGUCGACCCCGAGAUCAGCGUCGAGGAUUUAUUCAGGCGCAUGAAGAGGGCCACAAUCAUGCCCUACGAUUUCAAGAGGAAGUUCGACGACCGGGUGAUUUCGACCUCGAAGAGGGCGACGACCGUGCUCUGGGCGAAGUGCAGGUCCGAGGUUUUCAUCGACCACGCUAUAUCCACGAGGACAAUAGCGAUGAUGAGCAUCCCGGCCGUGUUCUCUUUAAGUAUCUCGUACCACAUCAAGGUUAUCAACAUCUUCAGGGCCGAGGGGGUGCCCAUGUUCUGGUGUAGGUUCGUACACGGCGCCAUGCCGCGGUCGGGUGUUGGACGUGAGCGUGUCACCCUGUAG